AUGUGCUUAGAGGGCGGCAGCCAAGAAUUUUCUCAGUCCACUACAUCUUUUAUAGAAGAUUUAUUUUCGUCCUUCUCUACUAAAAUUGAAAAGCGCUUUGCAGCACUGCAUGUUUCAGUAAAUCAAAUCGCCGAUCAAAACUGUGACAUGCAAAAAAGUCUGAGUUUUAUGAAUGAAAAGUAUGACCACUUAUUAGAAAAAUUAAAAACGAUGGAGGAAGAACGUUUAAACGACAAAAAAACAAUUCAGACUUUGGAGGACAAAAUUGAGCUUUUGGAAAAGAGAUCACGAGCUACAGCUGUAGAAAUACGAAACACGCCAAGAAUUUAUCAGCAGAAUAAUAGACCAGAGUCCAAAACUGAUUUAUGCGAUAUUGUCAAGAUCUUGGCGAAGGCAGUGAACUGCAGUCUUCAAGAAUCAGAUAUAAGGGAUGUUUAUCGCAUACUCUCCAAACAUGAAACGUCUCGUCCUAUUAUUUUGGACUUAAACAGCGUCAUAAAAAAAGAAGCCCUAUUAAAUGCUAUAAAAGAAUUUAAUCGUAAUAAGGGAAAAGGAGAAAAGCUUAAUACAAGUCACCUAAAUUUACCGGGUACUAGUAAGCCAAUAUAUGUUUCUGAGGCAUUAACACACAAAACGCAGAAAUUAUUUUUUGUUGCCCGCGAAUUUGCCAAGGAAUAUAAUUUCACGUACUGUUGGACCUCGAGGGGCGUUAUCUAUCUGCGUAAGGACGAGAAACAACCUUAUGUACGGGUGGACCAUGAGAAGGAACUUCAGAGUCUCAAAAACUCAAUAUCUAAGUAA